GUCAUCAGCACAGUCAAAUGUUUAUUGGAUAAACGGAAACAUUGUCAAGUGACAUGUUACGAGACUUAAACGUUAAGUUACCUUUGUGAAUAGGGUGCUGGUCAGGCCAACCUUACAGCCUUCUGGAUCUUGUAACUCAAAGGUACUCCGUCUCUUGCAGCAGCUGAGGGGCCAGUUGUAUGUAGGAUUCAUCUGUUUCAAGGUGGAGUUAUACAGUAUCCAGUCUUGUGGACCGUCUGCUCCACAGCACUCGACCUGAUGGAGGAGAAAGUACAGAGAGGCUGGUGACUGUACUCACAUAAUCCCGGUUGGUUGCUGCUGUGAUGGCAGAUGCGCAUUCAAACAGAAAGAUGAUGAACAUUACGAUAAGCAUGAGUGGACGGCUCCUUUUCAGGGCAGCAAAGAUGCCAAAGAUGCAUGUGAGGAAGAAGGCAAAGCCUGUAAAAAUGGCAAUCCAGGCCCCAGCAAAGAUGUCAUCUUUUCCCGACACACCAGAUAUGGGGUAGAGUUUAUACCCGUCCACUGCUACCCAAAUGGCCACUGCGAAUAAUGCCAGUCCUGCUGCCUGAAGAACAAAAUACAAAAAAAAAAAAAAAAGUAACUUACAGCAGCGAUUGCAUUCAGAGCAACAACUACAAACAUCAAACAUGUCAAGGCUCCUGCUGCCAUGGCUUUAGUGUGUUUUUGUGUUUGGCCUCGUCACACUUUCCUGAAGAAAAAUAAAAUAAUGAUUAGGAUAUCAAGCACAAGGGAAAAUACUCAAGAUUAUUUGUAAGGCCGCAUGAGAUGGGAUGGGCAACUUCACUCCCUGUGUUUUCACCACCAAUGCCAUCUGGAAACCUUGUCAAACAAAGUGUUGACUUUAGCACAGCUGACUGUCCCGCAAACACGCUCAUCCAGGAGAACUUAAGGACGGAGGACGCACUUUUGCAGCUUAUUUGUAGUUCAAAAACGGGUACAACUUAACAUGGAAGAAAAACUUUCGGAUGAAAAAGUGAAAUGUAUGCUUGCCCCUUGGAGGUUUUCCAUCAGGGCACCUGGAUUUGAAAACAGGCUGGUGAAUGCUCUACAACUGUUUGAACGUUUCCCUUUAGAUAUAGCUGUGACCGGAGGAACACCGGAGGUUAAUGCUCAGCUGGCUUCUGCAAUCUGUGGGCCAGGUGAGGAAAUCGAAGAUGAGGAAUGGGAAACUGAUGAUGAAGGUAAUGAGGAGGAAGAAACAGAUGAGGAAGAAAAAUCAGAAGACUCUGAAGAAGAUGGAAGUGCAGAUGAGGAACGCAGUAUAAAGUCUAAGUUUAAUACUAAUCACCAGCGCAGUAGUAGGAGGAAACGUGUUCGGAUAGCAGAUCAUGCAGAAUAUAUAGGGGGUGGUGUUCCUGAUUUUGACUCUGUGAUUUUACACCGUCAAAUCCCAAAUGUUCGCGUGUGGACCAUGCAGGGCCAUCCAACUUCAAAUUCCAUCAUUAACCAGUCCAACCAGCAGUAUGCCUCCACAUGCUAUGAUGUUCUGGUGGUUCUCACUACAGAACAGCACAAGGAGGACCACAUGUGGCUCAAAAUGGAGUUGCAUGGCAGAGAUCAGACUUUUUUUCUGGUUCAAGCUGAGCGGGACUGGGACGUGGUCGAGGAGAAGCCUACAGGGCCGUGCAUGACCUGCGCCUGGGAACGAAUGAGAGCUCGCAAACUGGAGUUGCAGAAGAGAAGUAAAGAAGUAUUUGGAGAGACGGCAGAUUUAGAAGCAGACAGCCAGAAUCCUUCAAAUGCAUCCCAAGAUCCAGAGUUAGUGAAGAUGAAGGAUAUCGCCAAGGUGCUUGCUGAAGCCCUGCCGGAGCUUCGGAAGAAGUCUUUUAGUCAGUUUCUGGUGGCGAUUACAAAGGAACUUCGAAUUCCUAAAUUACUGAUUGAUGACACACAAUUUGUGGUCUCUACUGCUUUGCGGUACAGGAAGAUAAACCAGGAUGAUCUUGAUCAGAUCACCAAGCUCUCGCAGUCAAGAGAUCUCACAGACAAUCCUUCCAAGCUUCAGGCCAUCCUUGCAGCUCUCGAUCACUUCCGGCUGGAUAUCGGUGUGUUGGGUGAGACGGGCUGUGGCAGCUCCAGCUUGGUCAAUGCCCUCUUGGGCCUGGAGAAAGGUGAUGAACAAGCUUCCUCAACUGGUGUCAUUGAAACAACCAAAGAGGCUGUGAAGUAUCCCUACCCUUCCCCAAACAUCAGUCUCUGGGACCUUCCUGGGCUUGGAAAAAUAGGUGAUCUUGGCAGCCUGUCCUCUGUGUCCAGCUCUUCUGAAGCUCAACACAUAACAUCUGCACUCUCUUUAUGUGAUGUAUACAUACUGGUGUCUCCUUUGAGGCUUAGAUUGGGAGCCAUACAGUUGUUGCAGCAAGCAUCAUCCCUAGGGAAAGAAUGUUACCUGGUGCUUUCCAUGGUAGACUUGAUUGAAGAAAAGUCCAUUGUGGAGGUGAGGCAAUGGGCUGAGGAAGUCUUGAGUAAACUGGGUCUCCAGCAGAGCUUAUUUCUGGUGUCUGCUCACCAUCCAGAAACCUUGGAUUUACCCAAGCUAAAGGAGACGUUGAAUGCAGCCUUUCCAAGUCAUAAGAAAGUCGCUCUUGCCAGAUAUGCAGCAAAGCAACUGGAUGGAGAUGUUUUCUGGAAAAGAUCAGAUUCGUGCAAAUUUAUGUAAAUAUUUAAAUCU